CUCCCCGCCGUAACCACACACCAACAACGAUCGUCGUCGUCUCGUGCGGCCCCGACACGUGCGUUGCUGGUAGUUACAGUGAGUGAUAGUGAGCCAUGGCGACGAUGAGAGCCGCCGCCGCGCUGCUUGGCGCCGUGGUGCUGCUGUGCGCGCUCCGUCACGGCGGGGCGCAGCGGUACGAGGCCAUCUACAGCUUCGGCGACUCCAUCUCCGACACCGGCAACCUCUGCGUCGGCGGCUGCCCGUCGUGGCUCACCACGGGCCAGUCGCCCUACGGGGAGACUUUCUUCAAGCGCCCCACCGGCCGCUGCUCCGACGGCCGCGUCAUCGUCGAUUUCCUCGCCGAGCACUUUGGGCUGCCGCUGCUGCCGGCGUCCAAGGCCGGCGGCGACUUCAAGAAGGGCGCCAACAUGGCGAUCAUCGGCGCCACCACCAUGGACUUCGCCUUCUUCCAGUCCAUCGGCCUCAGCGACAAGAUCUGGAACAACGGGCCCCUGGACACCCAGAUCCAGUGGUUCCGGAAGCUCCUCCCGUCGGCCUGCGGCAAGGACUGCAAGAGGCACCUCUCCAAGUCCCUGUUCGUAGUGGGCGAGUUCGGCGGCAACGACUACAACGCGGCGCUCUUCUCCGGUCGCACCAUGGCCGACGUGAGGGGCUACGUGCCGCGGGUCGUCAGCCACAUCGUCCGUGGCCUCGAGAACAUGAUCAGACUAGGCGCGAUGGACGUGGUGGUGCCGGGGGUGCUCCCCAUCGGGUGCUUCCCGAUCUACCUGACCCUCUACGGCACCUCCAACGCCGGUGACUACGACGGCGACGGGUGCCUCAAGAGCCAGAACGAGCUCUCCGCCCACCACAACUCGCUGCUCCGGCGGAGCCUCGCCAACCUCCAGAGGACCUACCCCCGCACCAGGAUCAUGUACGCCGACUUCUACGCGCAGGUCAUCCAGAUGAUCCGGGCCCCUCAGAAUUUCGGCCUCAAGUACGGGCUGAAGGUGUGCUGCGGCGCCGGCGGGCAGGGCAAGUACAACUACAACAACAAGGCGAGGUGCGGCAUGGCCGGGGCGAGCGCCUGCGCCGACCCACAGAACUACCUCAUCUGGGACGGCAUCCACCUCACGGAGGCGGCGUACCGUUCGAUCGCCAACGGGUGGCUCAAGGGCCCCUACUGCAGCCCCCGCAUCCUGCGCUGAUCAUUUUUAUUUAUGGAUUCGUUGUUUUAUUUAUUUACUUUAUUGACUUGAUGAUGCGUUUUCUGAUCAAGUGUGGUGGGAUCAAUCGAUGCGUCAUGUGUGUGUGUGUGUGGAUGUAACAGCUAAUAUAUAUGAUGGAUGUUCAUGGGGUAAUUAAUUAAUUAUUAGGUUGCCUCCGGAGAAUGAAUAAAUAAAACUAUAGAUGUGUUGUUUGAGGUAA